UAACAGCAGAGAAUGAGGCAGUGUGUGUUCUUUCCUACGGUCUCUGCCCAUGUGCUCUGACACCAUAAAACAGAGUCAAACUAAACACCACAGACAUCUACAGUGGAUCAAAGACAGCAGGGUGGUUAAAAUGAUGGCUUUCUUACUUACUGAAUGGAGACACGUUGCUGCCUUGGUUUCUAUUUUCUGGCUAGCUGCAGCAGAAGACAACCCAAAAAUAGAGUUGAAGACUUCGCCCAAUAUCACAGCACAGCUUGGACAAAAUGUGACACUGCCAUGUGAAGCCAACUUAGACUCAUCAAAAAUUGGGGACUUGUCCUGGCUAUUUCUUACUAAAAAACAACAUAUUUGUAAAUAUGCAAAGGAAAACACUGCAUUGCUUGAGAGCAACUGUGAAGUAAUAAAUGGGACUUCACUAAUCCUGAAACUCAUCAAUGUAAGCCCAGCUGAUCAGGGAGUAUACAUGUGCAAGCUACGCUCCAUGAAGGGACCAAGCGAGAAUACCUCUACUGUUACAGUCCAAGAGUCUUCCACAAGUUCUCCAGAGGACAACUCCACGACUCUUGCUCAACUGGCAUCUGCUAAAACUCAGGAAACAACUUCAGGGUCAGGAAAUUUGGUGCAGUUGAUGUAUAUAAUGGUGGGAAUCAUCAUAGUGAAUCUUAUUAUGUAUUGUUAAUGGAACAAACGUGUCCAUUUCAGCAUUUUGACUAAUUUUUAAUGUGAACAGCUAUAAGUUGCAGGUGGUCGUGCCCCAGAAGCUCAAAAAGAGAAUUUCUGAAAUUCUUAGCAAAUCUUUAUCUGGAGAGAAGGAUUGUAAAAUCACCGUUUAACUUAAAUGUGGACUAAUGAAGCGCUGAAUGGCUUCAUUUAAAAAAUCACAGCACUGAUUGCUGAAAACUCCCCACUUGAUGGCAGCACAGCAUUUUCUUUCCCUUGUCAUGUGAAGCGGAGGCACAGUACACUUGAACAUUCGGCAGGAGCAGACUGAAUAACUUUUAUCACGAGUAUCUAAUUAUUCCAGAAAACGUGAACAGAUGAAUUCACAGGCAGAAAAAUCUCCACAUUGCAGAAAAUCCAGCUUCAUUUUCACUCUUGUUUUAUUGGCAGUUUUAUGCUGACUGUGAAAAGGAGGUUUGCAUGUCACAUCGCCACAAUCACAUUUAUUCAAAUACUGCGUAGAAUUAUUUGCUUGUCUGUUAAAAGUCAUAAUGUUAUGUUAUCAUUUUUUUAUUUCCAUAUUACAUUCAGCUCACAGUAAAUGUGUAGUGACAUGUACUCUAACCUAAUGAGCAGUGGCUGAUGUUGAAUCUUGCUUGGACACUGGAUUUAGGGGGACUUGUAUAUAGGGUUGGAACUUUUUUAAAAAUAUUUUUUAUAUACUACGCUUAAAAAGUUGUGAAAUGCUGUAAAUGUGAUGUACAAUGUGUAAACCUUUUGAGAAUAAAGCAAGUAAACACCC